GCCGGGCUUCCCAAGAUGGCGGCCGACGUGUCCGUUACUCACCGGCCCCCGCUGAGCCCGGAGGCUGAGGCCGAAACGGAGGCCGGCGAUGCUUCGGAGCGCCGGGUGGCCGAGGAGGAGCUGCCGCCGCUGGAUCCGGAGGAGAUCCGGAAACGCCUGGAACACACUGAGCGCCAGUUCCGUAACCGCCGCAAGAUACUGAUCCGGGGCCUCCCCGGGGACGUGACCAACCAGGAAGUGCAUGACCUGCUCAGCGACUAUGAGCUCAAGUACUGUUUUGUGGACAAGUACAAAGGGACAGCCUUCGUGACGCUGCUGAACGGGGCGCAGGCUGAGGCCGCCAUCAGCGCCUUCCAUCAGACUCGCCUCCGGGAGCGGGAGCUGUCUGUGCAGCUGCAGCCCACGGACGCGCUGCUCUGCGUGGCCAACCUGCCGCCCAGCCUGACGCAGCAGCAGUUCGAGGAGCUGGUGCGGCCCUUUGGCAGCCUAGAGCGCUGCUUCCUGGUCUACAGCGAGCGCUCGGGCCACUCCAAGGGCUACGGCUUCGCCGAGUACAUGAAGAAGGACUCCGCCGCCCGCGCCAAGUCUGACCUGCUGGGCAAGCCGCUGGGCCCGCGCACCCUCUAUGUGCACUGGACCGACGCAGGCCAGCUGACCCCUGCCCUUCUCCACUCCCGCUGCCUCUGUGUCGACCACCUGCCUCCCGGCUUCAGUGACGCAGACCCCCUGCACAGGGCGCUCUCGGCCAUCCACACCCCCACCUUCUGCCAGCUGGCGUAUGGCCAGGAUGGGCAGCUGAAGGGCUUCGCUGUGUUGGAGUACGAGACGGCUGAGGUGGCAGAGGAGGUCCAGCAGCAGGCCCACGGGCUGACCCUGGCAGGCAGCCGCCUGCGUGUCUCCUUCUGUGCGCCCGGGCCCCCAGGCCGCAGCAUGCUGGCUGCGCUCAUCGCUGCCCAGGCCACAGCCCUUAAUCGGGGCAAGGGGCUCCUCCCUGAGCCCAGCAUCCUACAGCUGCUCCACAACCUGGGCCCAUCAGCUUCCCUGCAGCUGCUGCUGAACCCAGUGCUCCACGGUGGCAAACAGGGCCUCCUAGGUGCACCGCCAGCCAUGCCACUGCUGAACGGGCCAGCCCUGUCCACAGCGCUGCUCCAGCUGGCCCUGCAGACCCAGGGUCAGAAGAAACCUGGCAUCCUAGGUGACUCUCCCCUGGGCCCCCUGCAGCCUGGAGCUCCUCCGGCCCAGCCCCUCCUUGGAGAACUGUCUGCAGGAGGGGCCCUGCCCCCCGAGCUGCCAUCCCGGCGAGGGAAGCCGCCGCCUCUGCUGCCGUCCCUGCUGGGCCCCUCUACAAGUGACCGGGAGGCCCUGGGCCUAGCCCCACCAGCUGCCCAGCUCACUCCACCCUCCGCCUCCACGGGGCCCCGGGGCAGUGCCCUCAGAGGCCCCCAGAAAGACCCUCUGCCAACACCCCCAGGGGUCUCGCUGCUGGGGGAGCCCCCUAAGGACUUCCGGAUCCCCCUGAAUCCUUACCUGAACCUCCACAGUCUACUCCCAGCCAGCAACCUGGCGGGUAAGGAGGCCCGAGGCUGGGGGGCUGCAGGGAGGAACCGCCGCCCAGACGAGGGCCCCUUGCCUCCCCACCCAGUCCCUGGAGGGGGCAGCAAAGCCUUCCACCUGAAGUCCCGCCUGCUCAGCACUCGUCUGCCCCCUGAGCCAGGGCUGCCUGAUGGCUAUGGCUUCGACUACCCCUCGGACGUGGGGCCUCGGCGGCUCCUCUCCCUCCCACGAGAACCUGCUCCAGGGCCACAUGGGCCCAGCCGACUCAAGAUGUCCCCCCCACCCAGCAGCUUCAGUGAGCGGAGUGGCGGGGGGCCCCUCUCACACUUCUAUUCCGGCUCGCCCACUUCCUACUUCACCAGUGGCCUGCAGGCCGGCCUCAAGCAGAGCCACCUCAGCAAGGCGGUGGGCUCUUCUCCACUGGGCUCUGGAGACGGGCUUCUGGGCCUGAGCCCCGGGCACAAUGGCCACAGCCACCUGCUGAAGACCCCCCUUGGUGGCCAGAAGCGCAGCUUCUCCCACCUGCUGCCCUCACCGGAGCCCAGCCCAGAAGGCAGCUACGUGGGCCAGCACUCCCAGGGCCUGGGUGGCCACUACGCUGACUCCUACCUGAAGCGGAAGCGGAUUUUCUGAGUGGCUGGCCGGCCCCAAGAUGGUCAGGGCUUGCCCCAAGCCACUGCUGGGUUUUCUGGUGUCUGUCUGUUUUCUUUUGAUGAUAGAAAAAUCUCCAAAAGACUCUCCUGACCAAUUAGCCAGAGCCUAGGGGGGCGGGGGUGCCUGGGGACCAUCCUGCACCUCUGACCUGCUCUGGACACGGAAGCCCUGCAGCCUUAAGAGAGGGCCCCAGCCUGAGCUCUCUCCCCUCCUCUGCCACUGUUGGUCUCUGGGGUCCUCCUGCCUCGUCACUGUCGAGUGCCUUGGUGGUCUCCCUGACCUCCCAUGAAGAUCAGAGACUGCCCCUCUUUUUUUAACUUCAACCAUUGACUUUUUUUUCCUUUUCUAAUUUUUAAUGUUUUGGGUUUUUAGGGGGGAAAAGACAACCCCAGCUAGGACACGCUUGAGUCCCGUGUCCUCACUGUUCGGUUCAAGGCCCUGGCUCUCUCCUCCAAGUCUGUUGCAGGCAAGGGCCUGGCCUACACCCUGUCCUUGGUUCCCAACUCCUUGUCCCCAUCCCCAUGCCUUCUGAUGCCUUAAAGCCAGGCUCCAGGCCCAACCUGUCAGAGCAUCUCAGACACCAAGCUGGGAAACUUGGCUCAGGACCAAACAGCUCUGGCCUGGGGAUUGGGCUGUUCUGCCCAGGGUCCCUGCCCAAGGACAGAAGGAGAGUCGAGCCUUGGUCUUGGCAAAGCCACCCUCACCUUUGCCCCCAGAGCCAACUCUCACCUACAGCGCUAGUGACACCCCUGCUGUCUGUCUGGGAGUGGCAAGCACUAUGCCUAGCUCACUGAGCCCCAUCUUCCCACAAGACAAUUGCCACUUCUGUCCCAGGCCAGAUCCCUGGAGCUGGCCUCCCAUUAGCCCAGUGUCCCCAAAUUAUCAGUUGUAUGCAGAUAAACGUGCCUGUCUGCCUGAGGUGACCUGCCCCUGGCCAGUUGGCCCACCAUCUCCCCACCCCACUCCACCCCCAGAUUCCAACCAUCUCCACUCCCGGGAUGUCCUCUCCCCAACCCCUCCCUACACACCUUUGCUGAAUUAAAGUUUGUAAGUAAAUGGUUUUAAAGAAAA